AUGUGCCAGAAGGGCGGCAAGCAAUAUCAGCCAUACCAUGGCAGCGACUCGCCACCAGCACCCUCCACCAGCGCGUCGCCAGGCCGCCGAGGCCCAUUCAAAAAGGCCAAGCAGCCCGGCUUUGUCGUGCCCAUCAUCUCGGUGACGGAGGCGCCUGUCGACGAGUCCGAGGACGGCCUCGUGAGCAGCCCCGACUCUCCUUUCCCAGACCCCAUGAGCGAGAAGACCGAGCAACUGCAGGACCAGUACCAGCACCAGCACCAGAACCACCAACCACCACAGCCCGCGCAGUCGCCACAGACUCAGCAAGUGCACCAGGCGCAGAAGCGCGAGCAGGUGCUGCGCAAGUACGAGCAGCACAAGCCGCGGCCAGCGACAAUCGUCAUUGACGAACGCCCGUCCCAGGACAUCCUCCGGCAGUCGCAGGACGGCCGCAAGUCGCAGGACGGUCGCAAGUCGCUGCACGAGGACCGCCUGCGCCAGGCGCGCCAGCAGCUCAACAAGGCCCAGGGCGUGCUCGACGACAACAUUGAGAGCAUCGACGAUGGACCCGGGACGCCGCGCCGCAAGCCCGGACGUGUCGGUGUGAGGCGUUCUGAAUCGAUCGCAGAGGGCUCGGCCAACUUCAAGCACCAGACCAAGCACCAGAACGUCCAGAAUGCGCUUGACGCCAAGCGCCGCGAUCGUCGCCGCGUCGUGACUCUCUUUGUCAUUGUCGGUGCUGGCGUGGUCAUUUUUGCCGCCGUCCUCGUCGCCGUGGUUGUCGUCGUGAUCAAGAAGCAGAACUCGUCGAGUUCUAGCUAA